AUGGGAGAGGAGGCUCCUCCAAAGCAAGUACCUAAAACGAUAGAGAGCAUGAGAGUGAAGGACGAAACGAUGGUAGACCCUGAGGAUACUGAGGUUAUGUUAGAUGAAGCCCAAGAUGAGCUGCAGACAUAUUUCAACAGAGAAACUUCACCGAAAAUAUUAAUCACCACCUGUGAUAGACCUUGCCUUGUACAGUUGAACUUGAAUUUUUUCAAACAUCAAUAUCUCAAACUACAUGGAUAUAUCGAAAGAACCAAUAAAUUUUGCAAGGAAUUGAAGCUGAUUAUACCAAAUUCUGAGAUUAAAUACAGGAGAGGUUUGGACCUGAAGAAGGUUAUCCCACAAGCUAUCGAGAGAGACUUUACAGAUAUACUUAUUGUAAAUGAGGACCGGAAAGAACCCAACGGACUAGUUAUAACUCACCUACCAGAGGGGCCCACUCUUCACUUCAAAGUCAGCAAUGUCAGACUAACCACAGAAAUCAAGAGAGUUGGGGAGAUGAGUAAGCACAAACCCGAGUUGAUCCUGAAUAAUUUCAGCACAAGGCUUGGUCACUCAGUAGGGAGGGUGUUUGCUUCACUAUUUCCUCAUGAACCACAGUUCCAUGGACGGCGAGUGGCCACUUUUCACAACCAGAGGGAUUUCAUAUUCUUCAGACAUCACAGAUAUGUAUUUAGAAAUAAUAAAAGGGUUGGACUAAAGGAGCUAGGACCCAGAUUCACAUUAAAGUUAAGGUCAUUACAGAAAGGAACAUUUGAUUCCAAGUAUGGAGAGUACGAGUGGGUACAUAAGAGGAAAGAAAUGGAGACAAGCAGGAGGAAAUUUUCUUUAUAACUUUUUUGUUGUACAGUUGUAUAUUUUUUUUUAUGAAAUAAAUCCAUCAUGUUUUCAA